UGCUCAUGGUUAAGCGACCCGGCACCGGGAUUUAUCCUUAUUGUACUUUAUUCCGUUCGUAACUCUCUCUUUCACCUAACGCCUUUGCGAUAGUUUUUUUCUUAAGCAUUUGGUGCAAGAAAUUUAUAGUUUUAAUAAAAUACUAUGCCAAAAUGAGAAUAAAAAGGAUUUUAAGAGUUUAUUUCAUUACUGAAAGUUUAAUAUUGUUUAGUGAAUGAGUGCUGUAUAUAAACAUUAAAGCAAGACCAUAACUUAAAACUAUUUAAUAAUUUUAUCACUAAAUUGGCAUUAUGAUUAUCAAUGAUUUAGUUGUUCAUAUUAUUUGUAUUAAUUAUAUUUAUUAUGUUACCGGCGCUGGCACGGAAGAGAAGACAAUUACCCAGAGCAGCGAAGCUUGUUAUCACAGAGUUGCUGCAUGUGAAGCGAACACCGGCAAUAAUCGGCCUGUCUGUGGAACGGACGGUCGAAAUUACCCAUCUAAAUGUCACCUUAUGAAAGCUCAAUGUACUGGAGACACGGUAACAAUAGCACAUAGAGGACCUUGUUCAGAGGGACAAUCUUCCUGCUUAACGGUGUUGCGGUACGCGUUAAACGCCCAAGGAGGACGUCGGGCGGCGUUCGUGCCGCGGUGCCGCGCCGACGGCACGUACGCGGCGGUGCAGUGCGCUGCCGCCGGCGCCGCUGCUGGCUGCUGGUGCGUCACUCCUGAUGGCAAACCAUUACCCGACACCUCCGUCAGAAAUGGCAGGCCAGAUUGCACCAGGACUGGAAAAUCUCAAACAAAGCGAAGGUCAUCAGUUCGGGGGCAACGUAACAAAAGAAGUUGCACCAGAAUUGAUCGUGCUCAGUUCAACGGGAAUCUAAUAAAAAUAUUCAGUGGAGAAUAUGAUCGGGCGCGGUCUGAUCAAGGGGCCGCCGCGGAUCCCCGAACUGUUGCGGACUGGAAAUUCAAGGAACUCGACAGGGAUAGAGGUGGCACACUACAGAAGUCUGAAUAUCGGGGAUUACGACGACUCAUUAAAAAGGUGGUUAAGCCGAAGAGAUGCGCUCGUGCAUGGACUCGCGGCUGUGACGCGGAUGGUGACAGCGAGAUAGCCCGCGCGGAAUGGACCGCUUGCCUUCUGGCCAACCCCGAGCCACCCGCACCGGACUACGACGAUAGCGGACCAGAGCCGGAGCCAGACUAUAAUGAAGAGGAGCCGCCGCCGGACCCCAGCUCUGUGUUACCCGGCAUUAUGAGGAACUCGUUUGCACCGGACGGCUCCGCUGCCAGAGAGGACGAAGCGAACGACUGUCUCACAGACCGCCAGGCCGUGCUAGAUGAGCAGAAAGCGGGUAGUGCGGUGCUCUAUGUACCAGAGUGCAUGGGCGACGGACGGUAUGCCAGGGCGCAAUGUUACCGCUCUACCGGGUACUGCUGGUGCGUACAUCAGGAUACCGGAAAGCCUAUACCGGGCUCCUCGGUUAAGGACAAGAAACCCGACUGCGAUGCGGCUCCUCAACACGCCAGUCCUAUGAGAGGUUGUCCUGAACCUAUGAAAACCAAUUUCCUGCGUGACUUGUUGGGUUUCUUCACGUCGAAAAUGACGACUUCGAUCAACGGCACCGGACCGGGAGAUAUGGUGAAAUGGGGAGCUUCGAAAGAGGAACAGGCGGCGACGUGGACGUACGUCAUGUUAGAUAAGGAUAAAAAUAAGGCCCUGGAGAGACGAGAGUGGAAGGCGUUCCAUCAGCUCAUAUCGAACGUGGAGCCUCUGAGGAGAUGCGGCCGGAAACUACCACGAUACUGCGAUGUAAACCACGACUCAAAAAUCAGUAUUACCGAAUGGAUGGCUUGUUUGGAAGUUAAUCAAGUAUCGCACGGACAUACGACCGAAGCCACGAAAGUACCUUCUAAUCCGAGGAGAAAAGGACCAAAUCCUUUAGAAUCGAUUCUCAAAGCGGACGACUAGAUAGAAGAAAUCUUAUAAAAGAAAUUCUCUUCGUUUCUUUCAGAUUACG